AUGACAUCUCUGAUGUGUAAUAAUACAUAUACGUCUGUGAUAUUUAAGGGUGCUUUUGACACUAUAAGAUAUGGAAUCAUGUCCCUUCAUAUAACAUCACAAUCUUUGAGUUCGCAUGCAUUACGAUCCAUAAAACUUUCAGAAGUAUCUUCAUUGUUCCAAAUACCUUUACAAAUUGAUGUGCCACAUAAAACAAUUCAAGCUAUUACAAUAUCACAACCAUCAAAAUCUCGAGUUUUUGCAGAAAUCAUUACUUGGGUUCUGAAUGAUACAGGGAAAAUACUAGAAGACAGUGGAUAUAAAGAUUUUGCUAUGUUUUUAAUCGAUGCAUCUAAACCAGAAAGAGGUGGAGAAAAACCCAAAGCUGCUAAAAUGGUAGAAAAGCUGGUCAAAGCUUUUCCUACGUUUAGAGACAUGGCAAUGAUCAAUGAUCAACCUGUAUAUGUUUUCAAAAAAGCACAAUUCCUUGCUUCAAGUCUCUACCAUCGAUUUCAAAAUAAUAACAAAACAUCUGUUUUUGAUUUUGAAGAUAUCAAUGAACUUACAAUUGAUGGCAAUAAUGUGGUUCCAGCAAUACUUUAUCAUGCUAAUAUAAUGAAUUUACCAUCUCAUUUCAAAAAAUUUUUUGAAGAAAAUAAUAAAGAGAAUCCUAACAUACAAGAAAUAUAUUGUUUACGUGCAGCAGCUAUUGAUUCAUGUGAGAUCAUUUUAAGACAUGCUAGAUCAUUAGGUAGACAGGAAAUUAGUUUGAAGGGUUUAGAUAAGUAUAUUUGGCAAUUAGGCAAAAACGAUAAUAAUAAUAGACAAAUUGAGGGAUUUGUAAUUCAUAAUACAAUGUUUUUUUGA